AUGGCGAGUAAUACGUCAAGGAGCUUUCACCUCUUCAACUGCGAUAACUUGUGUAAGUUAUGUGAGAUGGAAGCUUUGCUCAAAGCCGUUAAAGACAAGGUUCCCUUCAAGAUUUUAAAAAUCAAGAGACAUGAGUUUAGGCGAGGACAAAUCGAGGAAAUCGUUGCCCAAACGAUUCCAAACUUAAGGACAGUGGAUUACGCGGUAUUCGUUGUUCAUGCAGCUGAGGCCUGCCUCUCCUUUAGCGACGAUAGUGAGUACGGAAAGAUUUAUGAGGCUCUGAAGAAGCAAACCGGCUCAGGUGAAAAAGUUUUUAUCGUCAUUAGUGGAGACAAAAAUUACAAAAGUAAGAGCGAAGAAGACCAGUUCUUCCUCUCCCAAUGGGCAAAGGAUAACAUAUCUCCUCAAUUUCGCACUGAUCUCGUGGAUGGGAGAAAAAGUUUCAUCUUCUCUUGGAACCAGAAACACAGGCCAAUCCAUGAAAAAGCACUUCUGCAUUACUUUGAUCCCGACAAGAGUGGUCAGAAGUUUACGGUCUCCCAACCGGAUUCAGAGGUAACGUCAGCACCCCCAAGAGGACCUUUUGCAGCUCCUUCACGCCACUUAGACUCACAGCAAGAGUCGCCUGAGAUCUCUCAACAAGUACCUUCUGAUACUGAAAACCAUGCUGACGAACAACAGACGGAAGAACAAAAUGAAGAUGAGAGUGAACCAUCUGCUCUUCAAGUUUCCGAUCCGCACAUCAGCAUUGAUAACGAACAAUUACUGCUGGAAACACGCAUGCGUUAUGGAAAGAUUUCGUUUGAAAGCAAGGACGUGGUGACCCGGGUCGAAAACUGGCAACCCUCUGAAGAAGACGCAAAAGAUUUGGAACAAAAAUGGAAGUCAACACCCGUUGCCAAAUUGAAGGUGUUUGGUAACAAAAGUGGAGAAAUUCACAGAGUCGUUGUCACACCAACAAGGGCAUUUCCUAGGAAUAUUAGAAAUUAGCAGACACAGGAGCUCGCAUAAAACACAACUGAGGUGAACACAAUUUCCCUUCAUUAAUUGUCCUAUCUUUGUUCUGAGGAUAGGCCAGCGAUGUUUCCGACGGUUACCCUAACAAAUCUGAAUUCUAGAAGCAGCUCUUUUUCUAGCCUGGCAUUUAAGAAAGUUGAAAUUGAAAACCCUACAAAACGCAACUGGCCGCCAUCUUUAUUAUGGAGAGUUGACCUUCGUCAAUUAGUAAUCCCUUCUAACCUUACACAUCCUAUGUCAAUUUUUAAAUGAAGUCACCCUGAACUCACAUGUAAUGUUGUCCCAGUUUUUUUUUCUUUCGAGGUGAAAAAGUUUUGAUCAUCAUUAGUGGGGACAAAAAUUACAAAAGUAAGAGCGAAGACCAGUUGCUCCGCUCCCAAUGGACAAAGGAUAAUAUAUCCCCUCAAUUUCGAACUGAUCUCACGGAUGGGAGAAAGAGUUUCAUCUUCUCUUGGAACCAGAAACACAGGCCAAUCCAUGAAGAAGCACUUCUGCGUUACUUUGAUCCCGGCAAGAAUGGUCAGAAGUUUACGGUCUCUUAACCGGAUCCAGAGGUAACUUAAGCACCCCAAGAGGACCUUUUGCUGCUCCUUCA